AUGGCUAUCAAAUCUAAAAUGCAUUUUUUCUCCGUAAGGCCAACGUCCAGGAGGGACUUGUGCAUGAUUGGAGGAGUCUUCAUUACACUUGCAUUCUUUUUGCGCAACCCGUUCCUCAGCCAGAUACGGCAGAGAAGCGGCGCAGCAACGUCAAGCAUACUGAGUGAAAUUCAAAAUAGGACAUUAGGCGCUGCACUCAGUGACAUUGAGAUCGACUUCGUCGACGGUGUUCCGGGCAAGGAGGUCUCCGACAAGGCGAUACCAAAAACAUCUGAGCACGAUCGCUUGGGUGACGGCGCCAUAGGUUGCUGGCGAGGUCACAUGAAUGCUCUUGAAGAGAUCGUUCGUCACAACUUGACUUCAGCCUUGAUACUUGAAGAUGAUGUCGACUGGGACAUCAGAAUUCGGCAACAGUUACACGACUUCGCCAGAUCGACCCAAGCGCUUACUCAGCCUUUACUUGAAGCGCCUUCAUCCUACGCCGAUAGUUCGUAUUCAAAGCUGUCUCGCGCAGCACCUGAGGUCGCACCCGAUAUUUCAUUUAACCAUCUGCCAGCUUCAGUCGCACCAAAGAUUUCGCCCUAUGGCGACGACUGGGACCUCCUCUGGAUUGGACACUGCGGCAUGCAUUUCCCCUUCCAAGACAGCCAGACUGUGCCCCAAACUCGCAUCAUUCGCUCUAAUGAUGUGACCGUUGCUCCACGGAAGAAUCUGUGGACGCUCAACAUCCCGUUCACCCUGAAGGAGAAGUACCCGGAUCAUACGCGAGCAUAUCACCAUGCUCAGGAGGGGGUGUGCACCCUCGGUUAUGCAGUCAGUCAGAAGGGAGCACGGAAACUUCUGCAUGAGGUGGCAUUGAAGGAUGUGAGCGAUGCCGUCGAUAUCCUACUCAGAUUCUUCUGUGAGGGCGCUAAAGGCAGGAGACCGCAUAACUGCUUGACAACGCAGCCGGCUCUUUUCCAUCAUCACCGCACAGCCGGACCUUUGAGCUCAAUGAGCGACAUCGGGGACCACGGAGGCGGCUUUAGGGAAGCAAGCAUGACUGAUAUGGUGAGAUGGAGCGUGCGUUUGAACGCAGAUGCGCUGCUUGAAGGAAGAACAGAUUUUGUUGACCAAUAUCCUGACGAUAAAUGA